AUGCCUUUCGGUGUGACGAAUGCUCCAGCUAUAUUCAUGGAUUACAUGAAUCUUCAAUUCCUUGGUCAUGUGAUAUCUGCUCAAGGAAUAUUAGUCGAUCCAGCCAAGGUUGAAGCUGUGUUGAACUGGGAGCGUCCUACAUCGGUGACGGAGGUAAGGAGUUUUGUUGGACUAGCAAGUUACUAUCGGAGAUUUGUAGAGGGUUUCUCCAAGAUAGUAGGUCCUCUGACUCAGUUGACGCAGAAGGACCAACCGUUUGUCUGGACUGAUCAAUGUGAAGCAAGCUUUGAAGAUAUGAAGAAAAGGUUGACAACCACUCUAGUGCUAAUUAUUCCAGAUAUAGACAAGGCGUUUGAGGUAAUUGUGAUGCAUCAUAUCAAGGGUUGGGAUGCGUAUUAA